GAUCCCAAACUCUCACCGCUAUAUUUCCCUCAAAAAAAAAAAAAACUCUCACCGCUAUACAGGACACAGUUUAUCUCUCUCUGCCUCUCCAUUUUCUGGUAUUCUUUUCUUCUCCGCCGCUUCGGAGGCAGCUGCCGACUCACCCGGCGCCGCCAUCCCGCCGUCAACCCCCGCUCUAAGUCCGACCGUCGGUGCAGCUCUGUUCUGUCUGGUGGGGCUAUUCUCUGAUAUGUCGUUUUUCUUGUGCUUGAGAAUCAAGGCGAGGCGGAAGCGGGCCUUGGAAGGGCGGCGCGUGGAUGUUGUUGUUGACGACGCGCCGGGAGGAGAGAAGGGGGUGAGGGUAUAUUCCGGCCAAGAAUUGGAGAGAUUCUCGGCGAACUUUUCAAGGUCCCGCGUGAUUGCUUAUGGAGGUUUCAGCACUGUUUAUCUUGGCAAAUUUCCCGAUUUGACACUGGCAGCUAUCAAGACCAUAGAUAGUAGCAGUGAUAGGUUACAGAGAAUCUUCAAGCAGGAGCUGGAGAUCUUGUUGAAGAUCAAACACGACAACAUCGUCAAGAUCCUCGGAUACUCCGAGGAAGGAACUCUGGUUCUAGAGUAUGUCCCCAAUGGAACCCUCCAGGAGAAUCUCCACGGGGCAAAAGGGUCUUUUUUGCGGUGGAAGCACCGGACGGCGAUCGCCUUCCAGCUCGCCGGAGCUCUGAACUAUCUCCACCAACAAUGUGAGAUGCAGAUCGUCCACGGCGACGUCAAAUCUUCAAACAUACUCUUGGAUUCGGACAUGAAUUGCAAGCUCUGCGAUUUCGGGUCUGCGAAAAUGGGAUUUUCCUCCACGGUUUUCCCGCCCGCCUCGCCUUCCCAGCACAGGAUGAUCGGGUCUCCGGGAUACGCCGAUCCUCACUACUUGAGGACCGGAAUAUCCUCGAAGAAAAACGACAUUUACAGCUUCGGGAUUCUAUUGUUAGAGCUGAUCACGGGUCUUGAUGCGGUUUCAUCCCACAAUGACAAUGUGAGUUUGAUAAAGAAAGUUGGGCCAAUGUUGAAAGAUGUUUCUAAGGUUGCUGAAAUGGUUGAUAGGAGACUAUCAGGGGAAUAUGAGCUUGAAGAAGCUAUGGCUAUGGCUUCCCUUGCUGCUUUAUGCCUCAUUGAUCCUCCCAGCUUGAGGCCUUCAGCAUCAGACAUUAUAGAGACUAUGAGGAAUUGCAUUGCAUCACUUGCCUAGCUAGGAAGCUAAAAGGAACCAUUGGAUUCUCAUAGAUUUGAGGACAAAGUUUUCAAGAUUGAUCUACUUCAACAAAUCAACCACCUCAAUAGUCAAUACUGGACAUAUAAAUCAUUCACCAAAGUAUUUUGUGAAAUUUGAAGAUAGAAUCCAAACUUUUAAACCAUAGAUAAAGUAUUGUGGGGCUUUAGAAAUUAGAAAUGAUAUUUGUCAUGAAAAUUUAUUGCAAUAGUUUACCAUACACCAAUCUCUUGUCAUCUUGUGUAUAAACUUUUGUGAGCUGUUAACUUUUCUUGGAAGUUGGAAGGAACUUGUUGUUCAUGUGAUUAUGAUUGCUGAUCAAUUUGCUGUGAUACGAUGUACAUGAUCAGAUAUUUGACACCAUAUAAGGACCAACUAAAUUAUUUGGC